CGACCGCCGCAUUGUAGUCAAAAUGGCGCUCCAAAAAAAGAAAGAAGGAACUCAUGAUGGUAAAUAUUUUGAGUCUCAUCCUCAAGAAAAUGCAGGCCAUUUCAGUUCUGUCAGUAAUUCGCAACCUAAAAGUAGCAAAAAGAAUCGUGAGCCAAAUGAUGCUGAGAAAACUCCUCGUCCUAAAAAGGGCAGUGGAAGUAAAGUCAAAGCCUCUAAAACUAGAAGGUCACCCUCCCCUCCUCCAGAAAAGUCCAAGAGAAAAAGUUCAAGGACUGCAGCUAUUGUAGCCAGCAAGAAGAAAAAAUGGGAAGAAGAUGAUGAAGACAGCACAAAAGAUAUGGAUGAUAUUCAGUCAGAGAUUAGCAUCCCAGAGGUCCACAAUCCUAAGCAAGGUUGUUCAACAAAGAAUGGUAAAGAUGAGUUCACCCCACUAAAGGGAGGGACCAUGAUGGAUUUAGAUGAGCAACAGAGUGAGAAGGCUGACAAAGACAGACAAGAAGAUGUUGAGUCGACCCCGGUAAAAGAUGAGGAGGAGAAGACAUACGUAGUGGAGGCAGGGGAUGAUACGUUGACAGAACAAACACAUCACAUCAUAGUGCCCAGCUACACGGCUUGGUUUGACUAUAAUUCUAUCCAUGCCAUUGAGAGGAGAGCAAUGCCAGAGUUUUUCAAUGGCAAGAACAAAUCAAAGACACCUGAAAUAUAUGUUGCCUAUCGUAACUUUAUGAUAGACACAUACAGAUUGAACCCAACAGAAUAUUUGACAUCUACAGCUGUAAGGAGGAAUCUGGCUGGAGAUGUGUGCUGUCUCUUGCGUGUUCAUGCAUUUUUGGAACAGUGGGGCCUCCUCAACUACCAGGUGGACUCUGAGAGUCACCCAACAGUUAUGGGCCCACCCUCCACCUCACAUUUCCACAUCUUGGCAGACACACCAUCAGGCAUUGCACCAGUCAACCCACCACGACUUAACCAGCCCUCUGCUGCCCAAGAAAUCUGUGAAUUUCCAGAGAAAAAGCCAGAGGAAGAUGAGAAGCGAGAACUGGGUUCAUUGGGGUUAAAGACAGACAUCUAUUGCAAGAAGCCAGUCAAGGAUAAGAAUUCUUCCAUGCGAAGCCGUGAAUGGUCUGACCAAGAGACCCUCCUGAUGCUGGAGGCUCUAGAGCUGUACAAAGAUGACUGGAACAAGGUGUGUGAGCAUGUGGGCAGCAGGACGCAGGACGAGUGUAUCCUACACUUCCUCAGGUUGCCAAUAGAGGAUCCAUACCUUGACAUCAACGAUAACGCAGGUCCCCUGGUGUAUCAGCCGAUCCCAUUCUCAAAAAGUGGCAACCCUAUCAUGUCCACGGUGGCAUUCCUGGCAUCAGUUGUUGACCCUAGAGUAGCUAGUGCAGCAGCUAAGGCAGCCUUAGAGGAAUUCUCUAAAAUAAAAGAUGAGAUCCCACCUUCUAUUGUGGACGCUCAUACCAAAACUGUUGUCAGUGCCAGCAAAGAUGGAAAGGUCGUUGAACCAACUUUUGGGCUGGAGAAAAGUGGCAUCGCAGGCACAGAAGUUGUGUGUGAUGAGACCGAUGAACAGGAUGAUGACAAAGAUGAGAAAAAUGAAGAAGAUAAAGAGGAAUCCAUGGAAACUGAUGGUACUCAAACCAAAAAGGAUGAAAAGAAAGGGAAAGAUAAGAAGAAAGACAAGAAAAAAGAUUCUAAGAAAGAAGAAAAGAAGACCCAGGAUAACGAGGUAGAGGUUGUUGAAGAGCCAAAAGAGGACAAGACACAGCCAGAAGAUAAGAGCUUUGGAUCAGAAGAUUCUGUUGUCUCCACAGCAGCUGCUGCAGCUCUAGCUUCAGCUGCUGUCAAGGCCAAGCACCUGGCUGCCGUGGAGGAGAGGAAGAUUAAAGGUCUGGUCGCCCUCUUGGUGGAAACUCAGAUGAAGAAGCUGGAGAUUAAGCUCAGACACUUUGAGGAGAUAGAGUCCAUCAUGGAUAAGGAGAGGGAGUCUCUGGAGCUCCAGCGCCAGCUACUGCUGCAGGAGAGGCAACAGUUCCACAUGGAGCAGAUGCGUGCAGCGGAGUACAGAGCCAGACAGGUGGCCAGUCAGCAGCUGGUGGACACCAGGCAGCACCACCCUGAGGGACCACAUUCCAUAGCCAGCAUCCUGGGGUCCCACACUCAGCCGGAGGUCAGCCAGAACUACGUCAUGCAUGGCUCCCCCAUGCCACCACAAGGACCUCAGGUUCAAGCCACUCAAGUAUCUCAAAACUCCCCCACCCCACAUCCCAGCUCCCCUACCCCUAAUUCCAUGCCCUGUUCUGUACCCUCCUCCUCUACGGCAGAAGUGAAAACAAUUCAAACCUCUGCCCCCUCCUCCACACCCAGCCCAUCACCCCACUCAGCAGCUGAUGCCCCCACACCUGACAGCCAUGCUGGUCAGCUAGCAGCUAGCCAGGACCACCCCCACCCCCUCUCACAACAGGUCCCCAGCCUGCCCCAGUUCACAAGCCAAGACCCCCCCACCCCCACACAUGGACCAGCUAUACAUCCAUGCCUACCUGCCCACCCCAACCCUGGGGAUGUCCCACCUCAGCAGUAUGGGGGUAAUCCCAUGCCUCACUUCCCUCCCUACAUGAGCCACCCCCAUCCCUACCCCCUCCUGUCUGCACCACCCAUGGGUCAGUAUGGUCAGCCAACAAUGGGACAGUUUGGAAACCAGCAAGAAAGUCAUGCACUUUAUGAACCUUACAGUCAGUUUGCUGGUCCUGGCAGUGACAGAGAUUCUCAUGAGACCAAGCACCAGCCCUCCUCCCCAGACAGCAAAUAAAUCAGCUGGCAAUUGUUUAACUAUGCCCUCACACAUGACAAUAAUCCUAAAAAGUUUUUUUAAUGUUGCAAUAUUUUAAACACCUCAGGUAUAUUAUUAUAUCUUUGUUGCAAAGCAUUUUUAAAUUAUUAUUUUACAUUUUUUAAAAUAAAAAAGCCAGGAAUCUCAUUUAGCCACUGUAUAGUGGCCUGUUUCAUUCAGACAAUUUUUGUGCGUGUAGUUUAAACUUUGUGGUAAUGGAGCUGUAUGGUUUGGUGAACAGAAAGUGGACCAAUAUUUCUUGUACAUAUUUGUGCUAUGACACAAUUUCCAUGUUGUUGCUAGAACUCCCAGUAUUAUUGGUGGUGUUUAUUGCUGUUGUGUUGGUUCCAGUUUUUUUUUUUGUUCUAGUGCGUACUCUUGAUGUUUACUGUGAGAGAUAAUUGUGGAGAUUUUAUGAGAAAAAAAAAACAAUGCCAAAAAUGUUUACAAAUGUUGAACACCCAACUUGCAAACAUGGGUUAGUCAAAUAGGGUUCAAAUACAAACAUUCCAUGAAAAUGGAUUUUUUUAAAAUAAAUUUUUUGUCACCCAA